AUGAUUGAAUUCUGUCGUAAUUUAUCUGUUGCUAACUGCACUCAAUGGUCAUCUACACAAAUGUCAAGUGGACAGUCUUUCAUCACUGUUAAUCAGCCUGGUCUACAUCUCAGCCAAUCUGGUUUUAUCAAUGUAACUUUAUUAAACACUGUUUUGAGAAUAUUGGUAACAAAAACACCCAAUAUUCUAAUUCGUGAUAAAGAAACAUUUCUCAGUGUACAACAAAUAUCUGAUCAAUCACGUAUGCAUAUAACAACAGAUCGCGGUUCACUUACUGCUGACAAAAUCAUCUUUCUUCCCGGUGCUUUCACCAAGACUAUGAUGAAUACACUGGGACUUAAUCUCAGUAUUAAUUUAUAUGAACUACCAUCAGCUGUUCAUUUUCGUCGAUUACAAUCAUCUUCGAAUUUAACAGUAUCGACUUGGAGUUUUGUAUCCGCUAAUGGUGAUUAUUAUGCUGGUUUUCCGCAGGAUCAGUCGAAUUAUCUACGUGUUGAACCUCGAAUAAAUCCAACAACCAUGUUGACAAUCAACUCUCCUCUUAAUCGAACAAACAAGCCAGAUCAGCAGAUCAUCGACAGAAUGCUUACUUGGGUAGGUCAGCAUUUAUCUCAAACUAUUGAUUUGACCAAUCCUAUAAUGCCAACUGAUACUACACUCGAUUCGAUGUUAUCUGAUAGAGGAUUUAUUCUCGACUACGUUCCUGGCUUCGAACAAAAGCUCGUGCUAGGAACCGAUAGUUGGUCAAGUAUCCAGUAUAUACCUGCAUUUGCUGAGAUCCUUGCUCGACUUAUUCUUACUAAUGGAUCUUCAACCUGGUCCGAUGACUAUGGAUCAAUCAUACAAGAUUUUUCAGUUAAUAUCAAUGGGCGCAUCAUUCAACCAGAGCCUACUCCACAACCAAAUGGAGUGGCUAAUACAAAAAAUAACACUGCUCUCAUUUUUUCUGUUCUUUUAUCCAUCUAUUUUUUAUUAUCUGUUGAUGUCUGA